CUUAAUUAACGCAUUGCCAGAUUAUCGGCUCAUAAUCGGACUUUUAGCGUUGCUCAGCACUGCCCAGGAUGUUCUCCCCCUCACGAGCCCUUCGUCCGGCCCUGAGCCGCUGCUAUACCCAGAUCAAGGGCGGACCCGUGUCCAGCGGCAGCAGCAGCAGCGCCAGCCGCGGAGCCAGUGCACCAGCAUCCGGAUCAGGAAGCACACCAUCCGUCACAGGACUGACCAGCAAUUGCGUGAAGCCCAACUCUGGACCGGUGGGACCCGGUGCCUCCGUAUCUGGGGAAUAUAAGGUCCCAGAGUACUACUGCUUUAACCGUUUUAGCUACGCCGAAGCGGAGGUGGAGAUGGCCAAAUACCGCUGCCCGCAGCCAUCGGCGGUUAGGAAGUAGGCCAACCAAUUGUUGUUAAUGUAAAAUAAAACCAAAUCACAGUCAGA